UGCCGGCGUUCCCGAACACUCAAGCGUCACCGCGCAGCGCGCACUCGUGAAGCUCGUAUGGGGAGCUCACGAACACGCAGGACCGGAGCACCAGGAUCAUACGCGCAUUAAAAACAGGAGAAUGUGACUGGAGUGUAAAGGAUGAAGGAUGCGUUCGCUGGAAAAGGUCACACGAAUUGCAUGAAGAAAUCUUAACACGACUGCCACGGAUUACCACAGACACACACGCAUCACGGCUUUUUUAGGGAACAGGAAUACCAGGAAUGGAGGAUUUGAUAUUUUACCAAAGCAGGAGAUUGGAUCUGAAGAUACCACUGCACAGUGAAUGAGGAUUUCUCCAGAGGGGACCAGAGAGCGUGUAUGUGUUUUUCUUCAGUUUGAGUGUCUGAAGGCAGGAGACACUUGCUGGAGGAGUUUCUCGGCAUACAUCGGCAUCGAGCAGCAGCGGCCAUUUUCACAGACCAUGUGGUUAGCGGUGUGCAAAAACCGUCUCGUUUUGCACCAGCAGGACUGCUGCAGUGGCAGGGCUCACAAUGUGUCUCUGUGGAUAUGGAUUUUUUGUUGGUGUGUGACGCUCGUCAGGGGACAGAGCUACCACCCAACCGUGAAUACGCAGUAUGGGAAAUUACGAGGUGCACGGGUUCCUCUGCCCAGCGAGAUCCUGGGACCAGUGGACCAGUACCUUGGCGUGCCAUACGCCGCCCCACCUGUGGGGGAGAAACGCUUCCUUCCUCCUGAGCCACCCUUGUCUUGGUCGGGGAUCAAAAACGCCACUCAUUUCGCGCCAGUGUGCCCGCAAAACAUUCACAACGCCGUUCCGGAGAUCAUGAUGCCAAUCUGGUUCACCUUUAACUUGGAUAUAGUUGCCACUUACAUACAAGAUCAAAACGAGGAUUGUUUGUAUCUAAACAUCUAUGUUCCAACGGAGGAUGUCAAAAGAAUAUCCAAGGAAUGUGCCAGAAAACCCAACAAGAAAAUAUGUAGAAAAGGAGGAACCCAUUCCAAAAAACAGGGCGAGGAUUUAUCUGAUAACGACGGUGAUGAAGAUGAAGACAUACGAGAUACCGGAGCCAAGCCUGUGAUGGUGUACAUUCAUGGAGGAUCAUACAUGGAGGGAACCGGAAACAUGAUUGACGGAAGCGUGCUGGCCAGUUACGGGAAUGUCAUCGUUAUCACGCUCAACUUUCGAGUCGGCGUCCUAGGUAAGCACUUUUCUUUGUUAUUCAACCUUAUCCAAGAGCAGCCAUACUGGAAAAAAUGCAUUUAAUAAGACAUCAGAGAAUGACUACUGCAAGGAUGUGUUUGCUAAUUUCUGGGUGCCUGUGGUUCUGUUUUCAUUUUUAAGACUAUUUGCAUCUGCUUGAAUGAUAAGUUGAAUGUGUUUUGCUGAAUCAAUAAAUGUAAACCAUUGAGGGAAGAAUGCAGAAACAUUUUAUGAGAAACUGAAUUAAUGAGCACUGCAUGGUAUAAACUCUUGCCAGUGUUCAGUGUUUUUUUUUAUUGGCCAGCACUGUGUUAUUACUUGUUAAAAGCUGUCCAAAAAUAUUCAGUCAUCCAGUUAUGCAUUAAUUUGAAACAUAAGCACAAAAAAUACAAUUGUAGAGUGUGUUUUUAAAGCCCUUAAAUUAAUAUUGAAACCAAGUAUAUCCCAUAUACCAAAAGAAAAGUGUUUGUUUCACUACGGAGCUUUAAUUAAGUGCUUAUUUAGCAGUGCUGUAUUCUUUAUGCA